UCUUCGCCCAGGAAGGUUGCAGCUAGGCUUGAGUCCUGGCUCUCUCUCUCUCUCUCUGCGGGCGCGCAGUUUAGGAUGAAGUGUAAUUGCAGUUGACACACUUUAUUCGAAUUUGCAGCAAAUCUCCUAACCUCUUCCCUCACCUAUCGUCACUCGUCAUCAAGGAGGUAAGUUUACAAGCAUUGGUUUGCCCGGAUCGACAUGCUGCUGGAUGAAUUGCGAUGGAGGAAAAGGGGAAUUGGCUGGAUAGAAGGGAGAUCUGUCGGUGUAUGGUGGUACAAGAGAGAAUAUUGGAACAACACAUUCGAAACGGAAGUCCAUCAUAACAGCACUUCGACUUUGCCCAUUCUAGAGAUACUUUUCGCACAUCCAGCAGCUCGGGCGACAUUAUCACUAUCAUACAUUCUCGACCUCAAAAACUAACUCCUCCUUACCUUUAUCCCCCUCUCUCAGGAACUUUCGUCAAGAUGGGUGCUUAUAAAUACGUGGAAGCAAUCCACACCAAGAAGCAAUCGGAUUUGAUGCGCUUCCUUUUGCGUGUCCGUUGCUGGGAAUACCGUCAAUUGAACGUCAUUCACCGUGCUUCUCGUCCUUCUCGCCCAGACAAGGCUCGUCGUUUGGGAUACAAGGCCAAGCAAGGAUACGUCAUCUACCGUGUCCGUGUCCGUCGUGGUAACCGCAAAAAGCACGCACCAAAGGGUGCCACAUACGGUAAGCCCGUUCGUCAAGGUGUCAGUCAAUUGAAGCCAGCCCGUAGCUUGCGUACAUUGGCCGAAGAACGUGUUGCCCGUAAAUGCGGUAACUUGCGUGUGUUGAACUCAUACUGGAUCAACUCGGACGGUGUACACAAAUUCUACGAGAUCAUCUGCGUUGACCCCUUCCAUAACGCAAUCCGUCGUGAUGCAAGAAUUAACUGGAUCGUUAACCCAGUUCACAAACGUCGUGAAGCACGUGGCUUGACAGGAUCUGGAAAGAAGACCCGUGGUCAAGGAAAAGGAUCGAAAUUCAACCACACUGCUCCAGGAAAGAAUGCAUUCAUUCGUCGUCGCGACACACUUCAAUUGCGUCGUUACCGUUGAGCAAUUUAUUUAUACAACUGUUUCCCCUUUCUCUCCCACUCGCACGUCUUGUAUCAUUCCCACCACAAUUCCCCUUUACAUGAUCAUACACAUUAUUUCAACAAACAAAAGGCUAUUAUGCCGAGCAAUGAUAUGACUCAUUAUAUGCAAUGAAGAAGAGU